AAUACCAGAAGCCAAGUUGCUGCCAAAAGACUUAGUCUUUGAUAACUUGGUGAGAUACAGAAUAUUUGUAGGUGAUGUCUGGAGCUGGGAAGAAAUUUUCGAAGCCAAUAGUACAUUGAAGCUCAACAAGUUCGACACAAGCCUUCAUCUAGUGGAUGGUAUCAGCAAGUUGUUGAAGAGAACCGAAGAUCUACACUUGCGUGAAUUGUGUGGUGGUACUAAUGUUCUUUCCAAAUUAGAUGGGGAGGGUUUUUUAAAAUUAAAGCAUCUCAAUGUUGAAAGCAAUCCAGAGAUUCAAUAUAUUGUGAACUCGAUGGAUCUGACUCCAUCACAUGGUGCCUUUCCUGUUAUGGAGACAUUGUCUCUCAAUCAGCUGAUUAACUUGCAAGAAGUAUGUCGUGGCCAAUUUCCAGCAGGGUCCUUUGGUUGCUUUAGAAAAGUGGAAGUGAAAGAUUGCGAUGGCUUGAAAUUUCUCUUCUCGUUGUCUGUGGCUAGAUGCCUUUCCCGACUUGUAGAAAUAAAAGUAACUAGAUGCGAGAGUAUGGUUGAGAUGGUCUCCCAAGGAAGGAAAGAAAUAAAAGAAGAUACUGUUAAUGUGCCUCUGUUCCCUGAAUUGAGACACUUGACAUUACAGGACUUACCCAAGCUCAGCAAUUUCUGCUCUGAGGAGAACCCGGUGCUUUCGAAGCCUGCAAGCACAAUCGUUGGUCCUAGUACAUCUCUCAACCAACCAGAGAUUAGGGAUGGCCAACUUCUGCUUUCCUUGGGCAGCAACCUCCGGUCUCUCGAGUUGAAGAAUUGCAAGUCACUGGUGAAACUAUUCCCACCCAGUUUGUUACAGAAUUUGGAAGAACUAACAGUGCAAAACUGUGGUCAGCUGGAACACGUAUUUGAUCUUGAAGAGCUAAAUGUUGAUGAUGGGCAUGUUGAGCUCCUCCCUAAAUUAAAAGAACUGAGGUUGAUUGGUCUACCAAAGUUGAGGCAUAUAUGCAACUGUGGCAGCUCCAGAAAUCAUUUCCCUUCUUCCAUGGCUUCUGCUCCUGUAGGCAAUAUCAUAUUCCCUAAAUUAAGCGAUAUUUUACUGGAAUCUUUGCCCAACCUCACAAGCUUCGUCUCCUCUGGAUAUCAUUCCCUCCAAAGGCUUCACCAUGUAGACCUUGAUACCCCCUUCCCGGUGCUCUUUGAUGAAAGGGUUGCAUUUCCUAGCUUGAAGUUCUUAAUCAUCUUGGGACUGGAUAAUGUGAAAAAAAUAUGGCACAACCAAAUUCCUCAAGAUUCCUUCUCCAAACUAGAAGUGGUGAAGGUAGCAUCAUGUGGAGAAUUGUUGAAUAUUUUUCCAUCUUGUGUGCUGAAAAGGUCACAGAGUCUACGGCUUAUGGAAGUAGUGGAUUGUAGUUUAUUAGAAGAGGUUUUUGAUGUGGAAGGGACAAAUGUGAACGUAAAUGUGAAGGAAGGUGUAACUGUCACCCAGUUGAGUCGAUUGAUUCUACGAUUGCUGCCAAAAGUUGAAAAGAUAUGGAAUAAGGAUCCCCAUGGAAUUCUCAAUUUUCAAAACUUAAAUUCAAUAUAUAUUGAUAAAUGUCAGAGUCUGAAAAACCUUUUUCCAGCAUCUUUAGUCAAAGAUCUUGUGCAACUUGAGAAACUGGAGUUGUUUUCUUGUGGGAUAGAGGAAAUUGUUGCAAAGGACAAUGAAGUCGAGACAGCAGCUAAGUUUGUAUUCCCUAAAGUAACCUCUCUCAUUCUCUACGAUCUACAUCAACUCAGGAGUUUCUACCCAGGGGCACAUACUUCACAGUGGCCAUUGUUGAAACAACUGAUAGUGUGUGCGUGUGAUAAAGUCAAUGUAUUUGCAUCCGAAACUCCAACAUUCCAACGAAGACAUCAUGAGGGAAGUUUUGAUAUGCCGAUUCUCCAGCCCCUUUUCUUGCUCCAACAGGUUGCAUUCCCUUACUUGGAGGAAUUAAUAUUGGAUGACAACGGGAAUACCGAAAUAUGGCAAGAGCAAUUUCUAAUGGAUUCCUUUCCUAGACUAGAAAACUAAAUGUGAGAAGAUGUAGUUCAGUCAAAGAGAUAUUCCAACUUGAAGGACUUGACGAGGAAAAUCAAGCCCAGAGGCUUGGACAGUUAAGAGAAAUAUGGUUGCGUGAUCUUCCUGCGUUGACGCAUUUGUGGAAGGAAAACUCCAAAUCAGGCCUUGAUUUGCAAAGUCUAGAGAGUCUUGAAGUGUGGAAUUGUGACAGUUUGAUAAGUUUGGUGCCAUGCUCAGUAUCUUUCCAAAAUCUGGAUACUCUAGAUGUGUGGUCUUGUAGCAGUCUGAGAAGUUUGAUAUCACCCUCGGUAGCUAAAAGUCUGGUAAAACUCAGAAAGCUCAAAAUAGGUGGAUCGCAUAUGAUGGAAGAAGUAGUUGCCAAUGAAGGAGGGGAAGUAGUUGCCAAUGAAAGAGGGGAAGCAGUUGAUGAGAUUGCUUUCUACAAAUUACAACACAUGGUACUUCUGUGUUUGCCAAACCUCACAAGCUUCAAUUCAGGGGGCUAUAUAUUCUCAUUCCCAUCCUUGGAGCAUAUGGUUGUGGAAGAAUGCCCUAAGAUGAAAGUUUUCUCUCCAAGCCUCGUAACUACACCAAAGCUAGAAAGAGUAGAAGUGGCAUAUGAUGAGUGGCACUGGCAUAAUGAUCUAAAUACCACAAUCCAUAAUUUGUUUAAAAAGACACAUGGUAAUGUUGAGGUUGAGAUUGUGGAAUUAGGAGUUGGUUCAACAUUAUGAUUACACCAUUUUUGGUUCUUGGGAAUGUUACCGUGGCUGAAUUUCUAACCAUGCUAAUGCAGUGUUUUCCCAAGAAACCUAGCGCUUCUACACACAUGGCGGUGGUGAAAUCAGAGAGAGAAGAGUCACAGAUGUUGAUGGAGUUGGGUUGUCGGUGCUCUCCUCGUAGCCCUUUUACUAUGGGAAUGAAUCCAAUGAUUUCGCUCUUCGAUCACAGCAACAAACCCUGCCACCAUGUGAAGGUAUUUUCUUUUACCGUUUGUUUGGUUUCUAAGAAAAUCGAGCAAAAGAAAAGAAAAGUGAAAGUGAGGUGGUUAGUCUCAGAUGAGAAGAGGGUUCCUUUUUCAUUUCCUACAUUUUCUCAUUAACCCAUUACAUGGUUUGAUUUGAAAUUUUGUGCAUUUUGGUAUUUGAAUUUUGAAUUUUUCUCAAUCAAAGAAUUAGUUUUGUUUUAUUAAAUUUUCUCGAAAAGAUGAACUCCAACUUGAGAGUUGAACCUAAAUAAGAAUCACUUUUUUAAUUGUUGAAAGGAUUGAAAUUUUAUAACUAAUUAUUAUUUUAUUAUAAUUAGUUUUGCAAUUAAUUAUGUUUUUAUUAUAAUUGGUUUAGAUUAUUGAACGAUUUUGUCAUAAUUAUGAGCAUAGAGUUACUCCAUUGAGCUUGCUUUCAUUGGUCUGAAUGACAAAUUAGACUUGAAAUUGAUGCAACUAUUUGUGUUUCAGCUUCUCAUUAUAUACUUGCCUUUGACAUUUUGCCCAAAUAUUUCAAAUAAAUGUCAAGUUUGUUUCUUUGUUUUUGAAUGAAUAUUCAACUUUGAAAGAAUUGACUAUUGAGUCCUCAAUGAAGCCAGUACUGAUUGUACUUAUCAUAAAUUUUGGACAAGUUUUUUUCUUUUUAUUAAUUAUUAUUUUCUGACUUUUAGCUAUAGGCUUUGCCUAAGUUAAGCCGCUUGUCUCUCUUUUAAUUUAAUAUCCUUAUGGGAUUCCUUUCAUCUCAACGUCAUUGUAGGGAGUAAGGGGAUAUUUUCUUUUUCUUUUUCCUAUUGAUUAUUGAUGGCUUAUGGUCUCAAGUUUUAUAUAUCAUGGGUGACUUUAUUUAUUUUUUUCAAUUAAACAUAGGGAUAUACACUGGUAAAUCCAGUGAUAUAUGAGAUUAAUGAUUUGAAUUCAAGAGUUCCAUUUGCUCACCGUGUGGGACUUCUGUCAGAUGAACUCUAUAAGUCUUCGCUGUUUGAUGCGUGAGCCCUACCAAUAGAAGAACUUUCUGGAGCCAUGUAGCGAGGUGUUUCUCCAAUUGCUUUGGUGGAAUGAAAUUGUUAGUGGAAUUGUGUCCAAUGUGGCCUCUGCCCUUGUGAAAUGGCUAUGGUCAUUGAAGUCUACCACCAAUAUAGAUGGUAGACCCAAGCUGGUUGUUGGCUUGCCUGAAGGGUAAUCUAGGCAUGUAGAUGGGAAACUAAGAGAAGCAAGGAUGAACCAUCCAAAAGGGCUUACAGUGGAUGAGAAAAGAAAUAUUUACAUUAUAGACACUAUGAAUAUGGCUAUCAGGAAAAUCAGUACUGAUGCAAGUAAACUUUAGGGGUUACAACAUUGCUAGAGGAAAGUGGGGGCGAGGAGAAGGUCAUGUUGAUGGUCCAAUUCAAGAUACAAAGGUCUCAAAUGAUUUUGACAAAGUUUACAUUGGAAGUAGCUGCUCUCUUAUGGUUAUAGACAAAGUUCUCAAAUGAAAACAAAUACCCAUAGUUUGUCUAUACAGAGUUUUUAUUGUUCAGAAAGUUAUUGUUGAGCAAGAAAAUGUUUCUAUCAACCAUUUCAUUUGAAAUGUUAAUAUUGAAUUUAUUCGAAAAGAUA